AUGGCUCCUUCUCUCACGCAAACCGAGACUGUCACGGAACAGUCGCAACCGCAGCUCCAGAAGCUACACCUUGGCCAGUACAAGGAGAUUGAUGCCGUCUUUGUAGACCGUGCGGCCGAAGAGGGCAAGACCGGUGAACCCCCCGCCAAGGCAUGUCUCACAAACCCCGGCCCGCCCCCCGGGCUCGACUCGACUAACACGGCUAACUCCCUUCCCGCAGUACCCUCACUACCUCCCGACGUGGGACCGCACGCAAUUCUGGCCGGCGCUGGAGCCGACGCCGACACGGCCUACCCAAACCUCUUCCCCGCGGGCACCUCGGUGACGGAGCUCACGCCGAGCAUCGGCAGCGAGGUGCACGGCAUCCAGCUGUCGACCCUGUCGGACGCGGGCAAGGACGAGCUCGCGCACUACGUGGCCACACGCAAGGUGGUCGCGUUCCGCAAGCAGGACUUUGCCGACCUGUCCAUUCCUGACGCCCUGCAGUACGGGGCGUACUUUGGCCGGCACCACAUCCACCCGACGUCGGGCGCGCCCGAGGGCCACCCGGAGAUCCACCUCGUCCACCGCGGCGCCGGCGACAAGGGCCACGAGACGUACUUUCAGUCCCGCACGAGCUCCGUCGCCUGGCACUCGGACAUUUCGUACGAGAAGCAGCCGCCCGGCACCACGUUCCUGUACAUCCUGGACCGCCCCGAGACGGGCGGCGACACGCUCUUCGUCGACGCCGUGCAGGCGUACAAGCGCCUCAGCCCGCUGUUCCAGGAGCGCCUGCACGGCCUGCGCGCCACGCACUCGGGCAUCGAGCAGGUCAAUGCCGCCGCCGCCAGAAACAGCAUCAAGCGCCGCGAGCCAGUCGUCAACGACCACCCCAUCGUGCGCACCCAUCCCGCGACGGGUGAGAAGGCUCUCUACGUCAACCCGCAGUUUACCCGCGAUAUCGUUGGUCUCAAGAAGGAAGAGUCGGACACGCUGCUCAAGUUCCUCUACGACCACCUCGCCUAUGGAGCCGACUUCCAGGCCCGCGUCAAGUGGGAGGAGGGCACCGUCGUCGUGUGGGAUAACCGUGUCACACAGCAUACCGCGCUGGUCGACUGGGAGAACGGUCAGCGUCGUCACCUUGCGCGUCUAACUCCGCAGGCCGAGCGUCCAUUCGAGACUCCUUUUGUGGCACCCGCAUAG